CUGCCAUGCCGGGACUGUAACGCAUUCCCGGAUUGCUGCUCUGUUCUUUCCCCCUCUCGCUCCCCGAGUCAUGGCUCCGUUUGGGAAAAACUUCCUUAAAGCUCGACAGAAGAACAGGACGAAAGAUGCCGAGCCUGUGGAAGGAAAGGAGAUUCAGGUUACAGUCUGCAACGAGGACAAGGUUGUCUGUGGAGUAACGAAGCACACAACAUGUGCAGAUAUGAUUCAGGCGUUACUGGAUGAUCACAAGUCAAUCCCAGAGAGCAAGCGCCUGUUGCACGGGGAUGCCAAAGACUUCUGUCUCGUUGAGCGGUGGAAGGGUUUCGAGAGAGCCUUGCCUCCUCUCACCAGGAUCCUGAGACUCUGGUAUGCCUGGGGUGACCAGAGACCCUUCAUCCAGUUUGUUCUCUUCAAAACCAGCGAUUUUGUGCCUCAGCCCGCCAAGAAUGUUGGAAAGACCAAAGGGGCCAAGCCAAAGCGAUGGGAGCACGGUCGUGCUCAGCACACCCAGCCUGUGCCGGUGGAGAGGCAGAAGCGUAUGGUGAAGAAAGCUUUCCGGAAGCUGGAGAAGCUCCACAAGGAUAGCAAGAGCUCUCUGGGUGCUGACGAGGUCGACCGGAUGGUGCAGCUUAUCCUCAACCAGGACCACACCAUCCGGGAGCAGAUCCAACGCAUAAGGGAGCUGGAUUUGGACAUCGAGGAGUUUGAGCUGCAAGUGCAGAGAGAAGCGGAGCGUGAGAGUACGCCGGCUCAGGCUUGUGGUCAGAGUUUGGGGGCGCACAGUGAGGAGCAGCUGCAGGAGUACCUGUACACCAGCGAUGGAGUCGAACAGCUGGAGCUGCAGGUCCGGAUGCACCAGGAGCUCAUCCUCAAGCUGUCUCGGGACAUUGAUGCCGAGCUGAUGAGGGGUAACUUCCCUCAGAGCCACUAUGAGGACGGUGAACAGGAAGGAGCCGCGGCUGCUUCCUGGAUCCCCUCGGAGACGGACGAAACGCUCUGCGCCGAGGAACUGGAGCGGCUGCAGGAUGAAGUGAAACGCAGCCUCUUCACCGGCGUCUCGCUCCACAACCAAGCUGCAGAAAUAGACAAGCAGCUGAAGUACUACGAAGCCACGCUGGUCUCCAAGGAUCAGGAGUGCUGGAAGCUGGCUGCCCAGCUGAGUUCAUUGCAGAUUGAGGACCGAGAAGAAGAAGAGGAGGAGUCCAGCCUGGUCCCUCUGAAGAGUGAGACUCAGUGCAGCGUCUCACAGACGGUGAAACUCAAACACAGCCUGUCCCCUCUAGACGUUACAGACACAGACUCAGACACUGGGAUUAGCUCCACACACAGUCAGGACUCGCUGUCACCGUGUCUCGACUUCCCUCCCCCGCUGGACACAGACGUUUGAACAACCUGGUUGACCCGGAGAUUCAUUGUUCUGGCUGCACCAGACCCAGUUUGCGCCUGUCAAGUGUUGUCAUUACAUUCGAGUCACAGAGCUGAAUUCCGGCAAACUACAACAUAAGGUCAUUUAAUUAAAACUGAAACAAUUAGUUUAUUGACAGAAAUUAAUGUGAUAAUGGAUCAUGUAUUUCAGGAUUUGUUUAACCAAAAAUUGCCCAAAAAUCUUUGGUUUCAGCUUCACAAGUCAAAUAUGAUAUGGUUUAUGAAUAUCUUAAGAAGUUUUACUGGUAAAAAAAAUAAAUAAAGCAUGAAGAGGAUGUCAUCUUAAACUCUGAAAAAUUAUAAUGGGCAUAUUUUAAAUAAUCAACAGAAUGAUCCAAUAACAGAAAUGAUUUUGCAUUUUUUAAGGUAUUACAAAAACUUAGUGAAGUACCUCCUUUUUUGAUUCAUACAAAAAUGUUAACUUCCAUUUGUUUUCCUUUGUUGUUGUAAAAAGACCAUACAUCACUUUGGAUUGUAAGAUGAAAAUAAUUAUAUAUUCAACUACUUUUUUUUAGUCCAGAUGAAAGAAUAUUUGAGGAAUAUCUUGAAUACCUUUAAAGAAAGCUGCAAAUGUUCUAAGAGGUAUACCGAUACUGAGGUCUGUGACUCAAAUGUAAUGAUAAUACAUGCAAGGCACAAAACUGGAGUCCAUCACUGUGUAAGAUGAUUUAUGAUGAUGAUGAUGAUGAUGAUGAUUUUAUUAAGUGUACAUUUUUUCCUAAAGACUAUUUCCUCAGCACACUCAUGUCUAAGUUGUACCACGCUUACUUACUUUAAAGUGUUUUUUGUUUGUUUCAUUUCUUAAUAAUGGUGAAUGUAUGCUUCUCUUGCCUUAUAAGUUCUCAAGCUAUUUAUGAAGCUGCACUUCUUUGAACACACUUAAGUCUAUUAACAAUGUUGUUUUAUAUUAAAACAGAUAGCUAACUUGUUUUGGAUGUAGAGUUUAAGAUUUGUUAAAAAUGUAACAUUCCUCUCGACCACACUGUAAAUAUGCUGCUGUGACCCCUGUAAAUGAUUGUUCUUAUGACACAGGCACAAUUUGUAAAGACAAUUUGAUAAAAUUACAGAGAAAACCAUAUUUAUUUAUCUUGUAAUCAUAUUUUACGGAUGAGAUUGUAUCAUGGCUGUUUCCCCUCUGAUACAAUAAUCUCCAUCUGAUACAAGGCAUUAUGUUCGGGGGCCAAAACAACACACAAAAUUCUGAGCUGCAUAUGUGUAAAUCAUGCCUCAAAACUAAAGCUAUGAUAAAAUAAAAUGUACAGUUCAACUUUCAUAAUAAACACUA